AGCAUUUCCAAUCGUACGCAGUGACGUAACUUGCACAUGUCGCAGUGACGUAACUUGCACAUGUGAGCGUGAGGAAAUAUAAAACUCGAGGAGCAUCGAUUGAAUAUCAGACUCGCAAUGGCAACUGCAGAUGCUUUCAAAGUCGGCUCAUUGAAGGACAAAGUCACACUGAUCACAGGCGCGAGUUCGGGAAUAGGAGCUGGCACAGCGAUUCUGUUCGCUAAACUGGGUGCCAGGCUGGCACUGAAUGGACGCGAUGUGGAGAAUCUCACCAAAGUUGCAAAAGAGUGUGAAGAAUGUGGGGCAGUUAAACCUUUACUAGUGCCAGGAGACUUGACAGACGAGCACACGGUGAAGAGGACCGUUGAAGAGACCAUUGCUCACUUUGGAAAGCUGGAUGUCCUCAUCAACAGUGCAGGAAUCCUCGCCAUGGGCAGCAUAGAGACAACUGAUAUGGCCCAGUACGAUAAGGUCAUGUCAGUUAAUGUCAGAUCAGUAUAUCAUCUGACUCACCUAUGUGUGCCACAUCUCAUCAAAGCUAAAGGAUCGAUUGUGAAUGUGUCCAGUGUGAACGGGCAACGAUCAUUUCCUGGUGUACUUGCCUAUUGUAUGUCCAAAUCAGCAAUUGACCAGUUCACAUGCUGUGUCGCUCUUGAGUUAGCGUCAAAGCAAGUACGUGUCAACUCAGUAUGUCCAGGGGUAAUUAUUACAGAAGUUCACAAGCGUGCAGGACUGGAUGAUGACCAGUAUACUCAGUUCCUUGAGAAGUGCAAGGUGACUCAUGCUCUCGGCAGACCGGGUGAAGUUGAGGAAGUAGCUCAAGCUAUUGCCUUCUUGGCAUCCGAUGCUGCAACCUUUAUAACAGGUGUCAACCUUCCAGUGGACGGAGGUCGACAUGCUAUGUGUCCACGGUAGCGCUCUGCCACCAUGCCACAGUUGUCAUAGAAUUGUAAAGGGGUCAAUUCAGUCAAGUGGUCCAAUAAUUGUAAAGUUUUUUGCUUGACCAUUUUGUUAUUUUCCUCAUUGUUUUUUGUGAUUUACCUCUGGUAUUGCAGUUAUCCAGUUUUUCUAUUUUACUUGAUUUAUGUAAAAUAAAUGGCCAUGAUGGCCAUCUUUGUGUCAUGGCACAUGACACAUUUUGGUUACAUAGUUGUUUACAGAAACCUUAAUAUCUCUGCUCAGGAUGGUUUGAUCUUUAGAGCACAUUACAAGGUGCAUGUACAUAUAUAAACAUUUUGCACAUUCUUGUUUUUUAGACUUGGAACAGACUUUAGACUUAGUCCAAUUGUAAUGCUCAAAGUUUUACUUUUAGGGUCAAUUUAUUAGGGAAGUUUAUUUUUUUUAUGGGGUACCUAGGUAAGUAAAGGAUGCAUGCAGAACAUUUCAGGUUUGAGACUUGUCUUAUUUAUUAUUUAUUGGGGCGAGAAUGUGCCAUUUUUUUAAAUUCCCCUCACUUUCGGGUUGAAUAUCUCUGGUGUGGGACCAGAUUGGAACCUGACAUUUUCACAGAAAUAUGUCCUCAAUAGUAACAUUAUGCUGUAAAAUACUGAGUUUGAGAUUCCACUGGUUACAGAGCUUGGGCUAGUAGACAUCUGAGGAAAAGCCUACUUUAUUCAUGCAUUUUGAGAAAUGAACAGAUGUAAUAUAAGCAUAACAAAAAUGAACAGUAUUUUACAUGUUUACGUGUACAUGUUUUAUUAGAAGCUGUGAAAUUUCCUCACUCAGUCUUUCUGAAAUGUUGUGGGAACGUCCAGUGACGGUAGUCAAUUCGGCAGGUGUCAUUUUCUGAGAACACUGUUCAUGGGAAUCCACACUUUGUCCUCAGUAGACAUUUUGAAUGAUUUUCUUGGUCCAGGUGGGUGGAAGAAUUUGAUAAAAACAUCACUGUUUUUCCACACUGAUGUCCUCAACCGAUGGUGUGUCUUUAACACAUUGAGUUUCUCAGCCAGAGAAACAGAAUUCAUUCAGAGGGAAAAUGACAGUGAUCAUAUCUGCUCUGUCAAUCAUAACCCACCCACCGCUUAAAGGUGAUGUUAACAGGUAGUUUAUCAUCUUUAGCUGACUCUUCAAGCAUCUGCAGUAAGGCCUCUAUACCUCGACACUGAUGUUAAGCAUACAGACUAGAAGUUCCAGCAGGUCCUUGUAGUCCACUUUUAGCUUUGCUGACUCAACCAUCAGCAUGAUGUUGUGUGCAGACACGUACAGUGUGAGUUCCAGAUGCUCCUCCCAGCACACACAAUUUUGAUCUCCUUAUUUUUAACUGGGUGCUGAUUUUUAAACUCCACAUACAGUUCAUUAAGGUCACUUAAAACUGAACAAUUUUGUUAAUUAACUUUUUGAAGAACCCUGCUUCACUGUUGCCAAUAUCAAAAGUAGUAACAUUUUAGAUCUCAUUGGUGUAUAUAUAUUAGUCAUAAACAUAAUUACUUUACAUGUUCAUAUCUCAAAAUGCAUGAAUAAAGUAGUCUUUUCCCCAGAUUUCUACUAGCCUUAGCUGUGUAACCUGUGGAGUCUCAAAU